AUGGCCGAGCAGCUUGAAGACGCCCUCAGCAGCGACAGAGAGGUUAUUGUCCGAUUGGAUGAAGAGAUCGCUUUUGACGGCGUCGGCCCUGGAACACCAUGUCGAGAAGGCGUGCCAGUAGCCCAAGCUGUCCGGGCUCCCAUCCAUGGCAGCGUGGACGUCGAUGGUGAGCACGUUGCCGCGCCGGUGAGCGACGUGAAGAGCAGCUGGGCCACACCUUUGUUCGUACUAGGGCUCUUCGCCGCUCCUCCCACCUGCUACAUCAGGCUCACCAGCUACAAGGUCAGCCUGUCUCACCUGAUGGUUUCUCCCAAGAUCAUAGCAGGGUGGCUCCUUCAGCAUGGAAUUUCAAUGACAAUUAAUGAUAAUAAGUUGGUUAAAGCUGGAUGCGAAGUUAAAAUGUUGAUGGCAGAUUGGUUUGCUCUAAUGGACCCUAAGAUUGGUGGUAACAUAUGCAAAGUGCAGACUAUUGGCAGGUACAAUAUUGAGAUGCCGAGAGCAUCUGGCAUGAACCUCGAUGGGGUGGAGUUUGUGCAGUUGUCAGAUUUAAUAAGCUGCCAUGCAGAAGAGUACUGGCCAGUUGCCAUGGAUAUUGCAAAAAAUAGCAAUCUUAGUGAAAUUAAAAGAUGUUUCAGUAUUCAUGCAUCAGAAGAUGCAAGAGUGCAGUUCUACUACUUCCAGAGAUUAGAUUCUGAUCUGUGCAAACAUGGGUCUAGAGUAUCCGAUACAUUAGAUGUGUUUUUGGUGGACAUAUGGAUGUUGGGCAUGGAUCAGCGUGGGGCCAACAUAAAAAUAGAGAACUCUUUCUGCCCUCCAAAAUUUGCAGAAGACAAUCCAUGUUUGGAGUACAUAAAGUAUAUAAUCUUACCUUGGUUUAGAAAAUUUGAGGUUGCUCGGAUGGAUGAUAAUAGUUGCAGCAAAAUCUUCUUGAGCAUGGAGGAGAUUAUUGCUGAUUAUCAAAGUGGCGCUCUGCAUCCUGCUGAUUUGAAGGUGGCUCUUAUCAAGGCCACUAACUUGAUUUUGCAGCCUGUCCGUGACCACUUCAGAAGCAGUGCUGAAGCAAAAGAAAUAGCAAAAGCUAUGGAGGUAUCUCAACUUUGUUAUUGGCUGAUUCAUUUCGUGUUUAGUUUUAACAAAAUAUCUUGUGAAACAUAUGUCCAACAUGGUUUUUAACAUAUGUGCAACAUCGUGUGGAACAAUUCAAAAGCUCACUUAACUAAACUAACCAAUUGGAUGGUUUUAAUAAAGGUACAACAUUGUGGAAAAGUGUGAACAAAACUAUUGUUGUUUGAUGCACAAGUUGACAUUUGUUUUAGUACACGGAUUUGGGAAAUGUCUUAGCGGCACAGGAUUUUUCUAUGAGCAUAGUUUUAUGUUGAAACACAUAAUUUUUUUAGGAACAUGUGUAUAACACAGUUUCAAAAAUGGAUAGGGUAAGCUUGGUGAUACCAGUUUCUAAACGCAACCACCUGUUUGAUUGCAGUGAUGAGUGAAUUUGGCUUGCUUUGGUUUGGGGCGUUUCUUGUAACGAAUUUGUAUGAUCAUGUUCAUCCUUAUGUGAGCAAAAAACAAAUGUUGAUGUCGUGUUAGGUGUCAGUUGUGGGUGUUAUGGCUGUGACUUCAAAACAUGAUCUAAUUGACUCAAAUGUCAUGGUAGGGCUAAACUGGCUGGCACACUGAGUUCACACUAAAUAAUUAAUUCAGUGCACACUAAAUAAUUGCAAAAUACAUUAAAUAAUUCAUUAGUAACAGCAUAGAAAUAUGCCCUAUGGUUGUUUUCUACCACUGUCUCUAGAAGUUUAAGAAAUGAAAUUCUGUUGUUUUUUAUCUUUGUUUUUUAAUCCUUUUUAAAAUUUAAAAUGUUGUUUCUAGUGUGUGUAUUUGUUUUAUUAUUAUAGUGAGUUUGAUUUUCUGAUUCCUGCAGGAGAUAGCACCCUCUAUCAUCGCCUGUGACCAAGUGCCCCUAAACAAUUUUUGAAGCAGUGUUCCGUUGAUUAUAGAGUUCUGGGUGAACGGACUUGUAGGGGCUUGUUUGCUUUUCUGCUUGUGACCAAUUACUUAUUAUUACUAUGCUUGAACAUGUCCUAAAACUUAUGAGUUGUUGGCAUAAAUGUCAUGGCGUAUGAGUUUUUGGAAAUGAUAAAUCCCGAACAUUCAGGAUUUUCCAUUGAACAUUUUUUACAUCAACUUUAGGAUGGCAACUGCAAUUUGGAAUUCCCAUGCUUACAAACUGAACUUGUUAUC